UAACCAUAAGCCUAUUUGUCACCUAGAGAGGGCUGCCAGAGUGAAUAUGAGGCAGAGUGAUUCGAAAUAAAUGCUGAGAGGUUUUGACCCCAAACAUAGGAAGACAAGAAGAAAUUUGUGAAGACCAUUUGCAGGAUGGGGAAUACUAAGAGCAGCGCGUUGUCAAAAGAGCUCCUGGAGGAACUAAAAUCCAACACGAAAUACUCCGAGACUGAGCUCUCCACCUGGUACCAGACCUUCCUGAAGGAGUGCCCCGGCGGGAAAAUUAGCAAGCAGCAGUUUGAAGGCAUCUAUGCCAGCUUCUUCCCCAAUGCCGACCCAUCGAAAUAUGCACAGCACGUGUUCAGGAGUUUUGAUACCAACGCAGACGGCACUUUGGAUUUUAAAGAGUACAUUGUUGCUCUGCAUCUCACGUCAGGGGGGAAGACUCUGCAGAAGCUGGAAUGGGCCUUUGCACUUUACGACGUUGACGGGAAUGGAAACAUCAGCAAAAGUGAAAUCCUGGAGAUUGUUAAGUCGAUAUUCAACAUGAUUCCUGCUGAUGACCAGAAGGUCCUCCCCGAGGAUGAAAACACACCAGAGAAGAGGGCGGACAAGAUCUGGCAAUUCUUUGGGAAGAAGGAAAACGAUAAAAUCUCAGAAGGAGAAUUCAUUCACGGUGUGAUGGACAACAAGGACAUCUUGCGGUUGAUACAAUAUGAUGAGCCUCAGCAAAUUAAAGACAAGCUGAAGGAGAAAAAGCAAUAAUAUAUAUUGUUUAAUGCCCCCUCAUGUGAUUUUAAGAUUUCUUCCUUUUCUGUUUACAUUUAACAUGAUAUGGCUGCUUGCCCGCUCACACAUCUAUCUCUCCCUCUGCCUCCUUCACUGUUUUGUUUUUUGUUAUUUCAUUAAUUUAUUUGGUCUUAAUGAGCCAAGUAGUAUUUCAUUUCAUAUUUUUUCCCAGUAAGCAAUUACAUAAUUGUAUUUAAUACCAAAUGGCAAUUUAAGCCAUUGGUUUCUAAACUAUGUGCAGUUGAAACUGUGGAUUUGUGAUAAACACACACUCAUUAAUACUGAUACACUCUGUCCUACAAAGCCAAUAUGCAGUAACUUACAAUUAAGAGAUCUUACCAUUGAGUCUAUAAUUUUGGGGGAAACAGCAUUCAAAAACUAAAGAGAGUUACACUUAAUAGACUUAAACUGCUAGCUAGCAAAUGAGCAGUGACUGCUGUCCCUGCAACUCCCUGAUUUACCCACUUAUUCCUGUAUUUGAAAGUUAAUGUAGGUGCGUUAUAUUUUAGAAAAUGAGUUUGUUAUACCACAUCAUUCAAAUACCAGCUAUAUCUGAACUGAACAGUAGUUAAAACGGUAUAACAGUUAUGCUAGUUUGCCACUAAAUGCCACUGCUAGCUAGCGGACUGGUGGUGCAUUCCAUCAGUCAGAAGAAGCUACAUCAAGCCUCUGACUGGUGGAAACUCGUGAUUUCAUGUGGUUAAACUACAUUUUAAAUAACACUUUUGUGUAAAAUUAAACAUUUAAAAGAAAGCAAUGCUGAAAAAAAAACAUUUAAUCAAACACCAAAUAAACUAGUCAAGCUAAACGCUAAUUAGCUAAGCUAGAAGUUAUUGUCACUAUUAAACUACUGGUUAAGCUCAACUAUAGUUAAAUCUCAUUUGUGUUUAUUAAAUAUAAGUUACUUAUUAUUAUUUUAUGUCACUGUAACUGCUCUGCCUUUCAAAGGUAUGGGCCCAUAUAUCCUGAGUUGACCUCCAUGCCAGCCAAUUAACUCUCUCAUGUGUGGCAGUGUACCAGAGCUUGGAUUCAUUCAUUAGUUUGAUAGCAUGAAAGGGGGGCCAGGGGAAGAGCUCCUUAUGAGAGUAAUUAGGCUCAGGUUAACAAUCUGCCUGUGUCAGCUGAUCCUAUUAGGAACUGAAGGUCAGUUGAGACUAAUAACCUCAUUACUCUAAGUGUAUGUAAUGUGGGUGAAGAAUACAUCGCUUGUUAUCAUUUUUAUUUAGUAAUACGUAUUGAAAGAAAAAGGGGAAAAAUGUCAGUGCAAGUGAUUGGCCUAUCACAUAGAUGGAUUAUCAAUGAAGACAAAUUCCACUGCUUUCUUUUAUGAGGUAGUUUAUGUUUCUUUUAGUACAUUUUUUACUGUAAGUGGAGUUUUCUAAUGCUUUGUGUGUAUAUCUGAAGCCUACAAACUGUUGAGUGCAUGUCACUAUUCAAUAAACAUUUGCAAAACUGA